GGACGAAGACAACAAGCAGCACAGAACGGCGAUGAUGGUAGCGUCGGCGGCAGCGGCCGAGAGCAGCAACAACAACAACAACAACAACAACAACAACAAUUGCAGCAGCAGCAGCAGCAAGAAUACAUAUAAUAAUAAGAGAAAGCAGAGCCUGGGGAGGCAGAAGAUCGAGAUAAAGCGGAUCGCGAGCGAGGAGGCGCGGCAGGUGUGCUUCUCGAAGCGGCGGGCGGGGCUGUUCAAGAAGGCAAACGAGCUGUCCGUCCUCUGCGGCGCCGACAUCGCCGUCGUCGUCUUCUCCCCCGCCGGCAAGCCCUUCUCCUUCGGCCACCCCUCCGUCCCCUCCGUCCUCCGCCGCUUCCUCUCCCCCGACAACCCCCACAACCACAACCACAGCCACAGCGCCGCCGACAGCACUCCCGCCGCUGCGGCUGCUGUUGCUGCGGAGCUGAACGCGCGGCAGGCCGAGCUGGCGGCCGCGGUGGAGGGCGGGAGGCGGAGGAGGGCGGCGCUGGAGGAGGCGCUGCGGGCGAGGCGGGCGGGGAUGUGGGACGCCGACGUCGACGCCAUGGCGCUCCCCGAGCUCGAGGCGUUCGCCGCCGCGCUCGAGAGGCUCCGCGCCGAGGCCGCCCUCAGGGCCGACCACCUCCUCAUGCUCGACGCCGCCGCAAAAGGGUUCGGCGCCGAGAGCGGCGGCGACCUCUACUAUGGAGUUUGA